UAUGUGGUUGAAAAGAUUCUGCCUUUGGGUGCAUUGCUCACUGACUGCUUGGUUUACGAUAAUGUAUAAUCAUUGUGAAAAGGUAUUUUAUCUUCAGCUGUUGGACAAUCCAGGAAAAGAUAAAACAGAGGAAUGAUAUUGAGCUAGCUGGGCAAAUAUGACCAAUAGCAUUGAUCUGUGUGAAUUUUGACAGCUGCAAUAGGAACUUUGUCAUCUUGCAAGAAUAUAAAUUGCCAGUGGAAAGACUACAGCCUUGUACUGAAGGCAUCAUGCGUGUCCUCCUCCUACUCGCAGCUGUAGGGUUUUGCUGGGCGCAAUACAACCCUAAUACUCUCUCUGGGAGGACAUCUAUUGUACAUCUCUUUGAAUGGCGCUGGGAGGAUAUUGCUCUUGAGUGUGAACGCUAUUUAGCUCCUAAUGGAUUUGGAGGAGUUCAGGUUUCACCUCCAAAUGAAAAUAUUGUCAUUACUAGCCCAAACAGACCCUGGUGGGAAAGAUAUCAGCCCGUCAGCUACAAGCUCUGCACUCGAUCGGGAAAUGAGAAUGAAUUCAGAGACAUGGUGACAAGAUGCAACAAUGUUGGAGUUCAUAUUUAUGUGGAUGCUGUUGUCAACCACAUGUGUGGGGCUGCGGGUGGCUCAGGCACACAUUCUACCUGUGGAAGCUAUUUUAAUGCUGGGAACAGAGAUUUUCCAGCUGUGCCAUACUCUGGUUGGGAUUUUAAUGAUGGCAAAUGUCGAUCUGGAAGUGGAGAAAUUGAAAAUUAUGGUGAUCUUCCAUGGGUCCGGGACUGCCGCUUGGUUAGCCUUCUUGACUUAGCCCUGGAGAAGGACUACGUACGCUCAAAAGUUGCUGAAUACUUGAACUAUCUCAUCGAUAUUGGUGUAGCAGGCUUCCGACUUGAUGCUGCCAAGCAUAUGUGGCCUGGAGACAUAAGAGCAUUUCUGGACAAGCUGAACGAUCUAAACACCAAAUGGUUUGCUCCAGGAACAAAACCUUUCAUUUUCCAGGAGGUAAUUGACUUGGGUGGAGAGCCAAUCAAAGGCAGUGACUACUUUGGAAACGGGCGAAUAACAGAAUUCAAAUACGGUGCAAAACUGGGGACAGUGAUCCGCAAGUGGAAUGGAGAAAAGAUGGCCUACUUAAAGAACUGGGGAGAAGGCUGGGGCUUUGUGCCUUCCGACAGAGCCCUGGUCUUUGUGGAUAAUCAUGACAACCAACGAGGGCACGGGGCUGGUGGAUCUUCCAUUCUAACCUUCUGGGAUGCCAGGCUUUAUAAAAUGGCAGUUGGUUUCAUGCUUGCUCAUCCAUAUGGGUUCACACGCGUGAUGUCAAGUUUUCGCUGGCCAAGAUAUUUUGUAAAUGGGCAGGAUGUCAAUGACUGGGUUGGGCCACCAAGUAACGCGGAUGGAUCAACGAAGCCUGUUACAAUCAAUGAAGACACCACCUGUGGCAACGACUGGGUUUGUGAGCAUCGCUGGCGUCAAAUAAGGAACAUGGUUAUCUUCCGUAAUGUGGUGGACGGUCAGCCUUUCUCCAACUGGUGGGACAAUGGCAACAAUCAAGUGGCUUUUGGCCGUGGUAAUAAAGGCUUCAUCGUUUUCAAUAAUGAUGACUGGUAA